AUGCUGCUUCAUCAUUACCUCUCGCACUAUUUAAAGAGCGCAAAGGGCUUCGUUCUGGGUUCUUUUCUGUCCUCGCCCACUCAGGGACUCGACGACCAAAUGGUUCUCGGCACAACAACCGUCACUACCAAAAUGGCAUCCUCCCUCUGCAGCGCAUCGUCCUUCUCCUCGCUCUCCCUGGUGGGGGCAGAGAUCUUGAACGUCAUCGCCACGCCGGUUUCGGAGAACAAGACUGUGAUCUACAACACAAUCAGGACGCCGACGGUCCAGAUCCAGCUCGACUACUGCAACGUCACCGUCAGCUACACGCACCCGGGGUACGACGACCUCAUCAACGUCGAGACCUGGCUGCCUGGGCCCGAGGCGUGGAACGAGCGCAUCUGGGGCACGGGCGGCGGCGGGUUCCGGGCCGGCCGGGACGCGCAGAACAACUACGGGUCGACCAUGCCCAUCGCGCUGCGCGACGGGUACGCGACCACGACCACGGACGCGGGCGUCGGAGAGGGCGAGCAGACCACCCUCGGCGACUGGGGCGUCGUGACGCCCGGCAACCUGGACGUGGUGCGGUACAGCAGCUUCGCCGGGCGGUCGCUCGAGGAGCAGGCGCUGCUGGGCCGGCAGGUGGUGGAGGCCUACUACGGGCGCGCGCAGAGGUUCUCGUACUUUGCCGGCUGCUCGCAGGGCGGCAGGCAGGCCAUGACGCUGGCGCAAAAGUACCCGACGCUCUACGACGGCAUCCUGGCCAGCGCGCCGGCGCUCUCGCUCAACGGCAUCGGCCCGCAGCUCUACUGGCCGUACCAGUUCAUGGUCGAGUCGGGCAAGGUGUCGCGGAACUGCGAGGUCCAGGCCAUCACCGAGGCGGCGGUCGAGGCCUGCGACGCGUUCGACGGGGUCGAGGACGGCAUCGUGGCCGACUACGAGCGGUGCGCCGCCGAGUUCGAUCCCUUUUCCGUGGUGGGCGAGCCGGUGGACUGCGUCGACGGCGCGAGGACCGUGACGGAGGCCUCGGCCGCCGUGGUCAACGCCACGUGGGACGGGUUGCGGUCGCCGCAGGGGCGGCGGCUCUGGGCCCCCGUCACUCCCGGUACCGAUCUCGUUGGCAACGGCACCAGGCCGCUGAUGCCCGGUCUCGAUAUCGUGUCGAGCAACUGCUCGAGCGGCACCUGCGUCGGCUUCCCCUACCCGCUGGGGUCGUCCUUUGUCAAGCAGUUCCUCGCACGGGACACGGACUUGGACCUGAGCAAGUUGACAAAGGCCGAGUUUGACAGGCUCGUCAAGUUUGGAAUGCUGGACUUGACCCAAUGGCAGGCCAACAUCCCCGACCUGACGGAUUUCCACCGUGCAGGCGGGAAGAUCAUUACUCCGCACGGCACUGCUGACAGUCUCAUCCCCAUCGGCGGCACGUUGGAAUACUACAAGCAGGUCGGGGCCGUCUCGCCCGACGUGCACGACUUUUACCGCGUCUUUGAGGUCCCCGGUCUGUCGCACUGCUACGGCGGCAAAGCGGGCGUUCCCGUGGAGCUGAUGGAGCAGCUCCGGUCUUGGGUCGAGGACGGUACCAAGCCCGACAGUUCGACGUACGAGGCGCUGACCAAGGACGGGAACGUCGAGGACAGGCUGCUCUGCCCGUAUCCCCAGAAGGCGACGUUUGAUAAGGAGUGUGGCGACUCGGCCAAGGCGGCCUGCUGGGCAUGCGUUGGGGAGCUGGCUUGA